CUGUCGGGACAACUUGGAGUGGAUCAGUUAAGACAGGGUAUUUUGUAACCAGUGGGAUGUUAGCUGUGGCUUUGACAGCAGGACUGACUGAAGGAGCAUGGUAAAGCACCAACCCCUCCAGGUCUAUGAGCGCCAGCUGUGUUUAUCAUGUAUCACUGGGAUCUACGGCUGCCGAUGGAAACGCUAUCAACGUUCCCAUGAUGACACCACCAAGUGGGAGCUGCUGUGGUCCCUCAUCCUCCUCUUCACCUUCUGUCUCCUGCUUGUGUGGUUCUACUUCUGGUGGGAGGCACACAAUGACUACAAUGAGUUCAACUGGUUUCUGUACGAGCGCUCGGGGAAAUGGAGCGAUGGCACUGUUCCCAUCUUAGCAACGACCGCUGCUGGCUUCACCUACAUCACAUUUUUAAUGGUUUUAGCACUUUGCCAUGUUGCACUGGGACAACAGCUGAAUUUGCACUGGCUCCAUAAGAUAGGAGUAACUGCUGCUUUGCUCACCACCAUCGCUGGGGUCAUAUCUGUCAAUCAGACAUGGAGACAAGAGUGGGAUGUCGUUCCCAUCUCCUUUCAGGCAACAGGUCCAUUCCUGCACUUAGGGGCCCUCGCUGCUGUCACCGCACUGUCCUGGAUUGUGGCAGGACAAGUCGCCAGAGCAGAAAAAACAAUGUUCCAGGUGGUGGUUGUGCUGCUGUAUCUCAGUGUAUUAUUAGGACUCUAUGUGGUACCGCUUUAUCUCUCCUCUCCCUGCAUCAUGGACCCGGACACCCUUAAACCACGACCAGAGGUUUUUGGCCACCAGGGGGCCCCCAUGCUUGCUCCAGAGAACACACUCUGGUCUUUCCAGCGAGCUUUGCAGAUGAACGUUACUGGACUGGAAGCUGACGUAGCUCUAAGUGUUGAUGGCGUACCGUUCCUGAUGCACGACUUAGACCUGCGGAGGACCACAAAUGUGGAGGAGGUUUUUCCAGACAGGCAGACGGUCGAAGCCUCAUAUUUCAACUGGACGGACCUGCAGCAGCUCAACGCUGGCCGGUGGUUCCUCAAGGACGACCCUUUCUGGACGGUGAACAGUCUGUCAUGGCAGGAGAAGAACCGGACUGCCAACCAGCGUGUGUGCAGCCUGGAGCAGCUUCUAAAGCUGGCCUCCUACCACAACUUCUCUGUGGUCUUCAGGCUGAGGAGACCUCCUCCGCUGCACCCCUGCCACCACAGCUGGAUCAAUGACACACUGCAGGCAGUGCAGCGGUCUGGAGUUCCUCAGAGCCUGGUAAUGUGGACUCCUGAUGAGCAGAGAGCUCAGGUCAGACAGAUCGCACCUGGUCUCACCCAGACCUCGCUGGUGAAACGGGAUCCUGGGACUCUGCACAAGUCUGGCAUCAGUAGACUAGUGCUCAGAUACAACCAAAUCAGCCCGAGUGAAAUCCCAAGCUACUCCAGAAACAACAUCAGCCUUAUGGUCUACACCGUCAACGAGCCGUGGCUGUACUCAGUCCUGUGGUGCAGCGGGGUGUCCGCAGUCUCCUCAGAGGCCUCGCAUAUCCUCAGAAAGGUGCURUAUCCUGUCUGGCUCAUGAGGCCAAAUCAAUACAGUCUGAUCUGGGUGUUUGCAGACCUCCUCUCCUUCGCUGUAGUCAUAGGAAUAUUCAUAUUACAGAACUAUCACAUGAUCAGGUACCGGCUGAGCGGCAUGCGCAGCUACAACCCAGAGCAGAUCAUGCUGAGCGCCACGGUCAGGACGUCCAGUCGAGACACCAACGUCAUGAAGGAGAAACUCAUCUUCUCUGAGGUGAGAAAUGGAGGCAGUGCUGAUGAGCUGUAUGAGGACCAAAGCUACAACUACAACCAGUGAUUUCAGCCUCUGCCUGUUGGACUCUGCUGUAAGACGGUUAAACAUCCUCCUUCCUGUUCAUCAGUGGGACGUCUCGUCUGUACGAGCUGGAAACACCCGCCUACUUCCGGUUCAUGCUCUACGCAUCGGUUCGGUCUCUCCUCCUGGACAGGAUGUUUCGUCACACAGGACUACGAGCACCUCUUCAGAAUUAUCUUUGCAGAAGAGGRUGUUCUGAGGUUCUUUACUUUAAGCUAAAUUUGCAAAGCGGUUGAUUAAUUUUCGAGCGCUGUAAGUGCUGAAUUUCCCGGCUGCUUUUUAUCAGGUGUUUUCUCAGCAUGCUGCUGCUGUCUCCUCGGUCAGUGCUUCACUUUACUGUAGUCCAGAAUAUUGGUAUUUAUAUUGAAAGAGAAAACCCYAUCUGUUUACGGACGCCUCGCCUCCUCCUGCAGGGGACAUUUUCACACAGUUCAUGUGAGAUAACUAGAUUUUUGAUCAUUCCUCCCGCCUCAUCUGAGCAUGAAUCCAAACCUGUGGGAGCUGUGCUCCCCGACUCCAGAGGAACUGCUGAAACCUGUAGGAUGAAGAUGUUUUUUUUUUUUUGGGAUAACUGUGAAUGUUUCCUUUUUAAAGAUGUCAUUGUUGUGUGCGUUCUGACUGAGUCUGUAUUUUUUACCUCGUGUGCAGUGUUAUGUUGAGAGUGUUAUAAUAUAUAAAAGGUGAGAUGCUCCAGCCAUGAACUAUCAUUUAAACACCAUCAGUCUGCUCGUUGACUUSCAGCAUCUCUGUGGUGUUUUAGUGYAACCGCUGGUGGAAAUGAACUUAAAAUUAGUGAAGUUAAAGGGAAUCUAAAGAAAUCACAGCAAGCAGCACGUCAAAAGACAAGCUGCCUUUUUGUUUUAUUUCUGGAUGUUUGUAUGCCUGAGAAGUAAAGAUUUAAAAACUCCAA